AAAAUUCUUUUUCAGUCAUGCAGCAUGUACGCGACUGCGGGGCGCAAUUGUUUAUCAUAAGUCGAAAAGGUGGAACUUUAUUGGCUAUAAAUGAUUUCAUAUAUCGUUCCAAUUUAAAACGAUUCGGUCCUUUAGGUGACAAAGUCUAUUGGGAGUGCAUACACAACCGUUCCAAGAAAUGUCGCAGUCGUCUCAAAACAAUUGGUGAUGAUUUAUACGUAACAAACGAUGUUCAUAACCAUGCUGGCGAUCGUCAAAGGAUUGAACUGGCUCGCAGGUCGGGUAUGUUAAUCUAUAAAAAAUUUAGUGCUAUCGGUAUAUUAACUCAUUAAUUUAAUAAAUUGUUUUUAUUCACAAAGACAAUUUUUUGUAGAGUAUUAUGUAUAUAUUAAAACCAUUUGGAAUGUAUUGGCCUCAAACUUGGGAAAGGUAUUGAAAAUAAAAAAAUUCUUUGCCGAAGAAGAAUAAGAUGGAAAGAAACCAAUGAGAUAAAAUGCUACACCCUACAAAAUAAUAGACAAAGAAUUAAAUUAUUUGUAAUAUCUGAUUGAAUAGUAAGGAUGGUAAGGUUCUCUUGUCAUGUUGCAAUGAACUUGGAAAAACUGAACUAUUUAUCACAAAGACCCUACCGUAUCGUUAACGAUUUUAUAAAUGGUCAAAUGGGAGAUAGCCGCAGUUGGAACACAGUGAGACAUCUAACAACUUUGUAUCGGUUUUCCAUCGCAUUGGCUUUUCAAUUAUUAAAUCACUUUUGUCGUGUGAGAAAGAAGCAAGGGGAGAGAGUACAAGUCUACCUAAGAAGCAUUUUUUGUUUUGUUCAUCGGAUUCUUAAAUAUAUUUUCGUUUAAGCGUGAGAGCGUUUGUGAAAACCCCUUUGCAAUUAUCGUCUAGUAGAAUGCAUCCAUUCUUAAAACUUUGAUGUUUAAAUCUAAUAUUCUUUUUCCACAUAUAUAUGAUAUCUUUUCCCAUAAAGACGAUGCGUAGAGAAGAUUAUAUCUAUGGGUAAAACAAUUGGCUUAUCAUGGUUAAUAAGAAAUGUCAAUUAUUUACUACACAAUAUACAAAGGAUUAAAGGAUUUUAAUAUUACGAAUAAUAUUAAAAUUUGCAUUCUCAUUUGUGUAUAGAGGAAGGAUACCAGUCAAAUAUGUGAAGAAGUCGCAA